GUCUUCUGUUUCUCGUCAGUUCAUUGAUAUUUUCCAUUCACAAACUCUGAACCAAGAAAGAAAAACCGAUGAAAUUCUCAAAAAUGUGUUUGUAUUUUUCAAAUCUGUAUUACACGGUUUUGUUUUGCUUUCUUGUUCUGGCGAUCUUCCCUCAGCUUGUGGUUGCUGGUUCACCUGUCAAGUAUCUUCCUGGAUUUGAAGGACCACUCCCUUUUGAACUUGAAACAGGAUACAUAGGAGUCGGUGAAGCAGAUGAAGUGCAGCUAUACUACUACUUUGUAAAGUCGCAGUCUAAUCCAAAGAUUGAUCCUCUUAUUCUUUGGUUUACCGGAGGACCUGGUUGCUCUACGUUAAACGCCGUUGCACUUGAACUCGGACCUAUGAUGUUUGAUGAUAGAGAGUAUAAUGGUAGCUUGCCAACACUGUCUUCCAAUCCAUUUGCAUACACAAAGGUGGCAAACAUUAUAUUUGUAGAUUUCCCAGUAGGGACUGGAUUCUCGUAUGCAACUACAGUAAAGUCAAAUCAUUCAAAUAAUUUACAAGCAGGUGAUCACGCUUAUCAAUUUCUUCGUAAGUGGCUAUUAACUGAGCACCCGGAAUAUAUCAAUAAUCCUUUCUAUGUUGGUGGAGACUCAUAUAGUGGAAUUACUCUUCCUGUUGUUACCCAAGUGAUAUCAUAUGGGAUUGAUGCUGGAAUCAAGCCAUGGAUCGAUCUUAAGGGAUACAUACUUGGGAAUCCAGUAACAAUAAUUCCUGAUCAAGAUAACUAUAAGAUCCCUUUUGCUCAUGGGAUGGGCCUUAUUUCUGAUGAAUUAUACAAGUCAUUAAAGGGUAACUGUGGAGGAGAGUACAACCAUAUUAAUCCAAGCAACACACUCUGUUCAAAAGAUAUGCGUACUUUCAAUUGGUUGCUUAAAGGAAUUGUUGCAGCUCAUAUUCUAGAGCCCAAUUGUGACCAGUCGUUGUAUGGCUCAAGAAGAUCGUUGGCUCGCAAGCUCCCUCUAGAGCUUAACACUCCUGCUAAACCUGGAGUAAAAUGUCUAGGUGAUUGGCUACAUCUCUCUGAGAUUUGGGCUAAUGAUGAGAAUGUGAGAGAGGCUCUUCAUGUUCGAAAGGGGACAAUUGGAGCUUGGGAAAAAUGCAGGAGUAACUUGCCUUUUACAAUGAAUGUGAACAACACUAUAUCAUAUCAUGCAUAUCUUAGCACUAAAGGCUUGAAAUCUCUUAUUUACAGUGGUGACCAUGACAUGAUAACUCCAUUUAUAUCAACGCAAGCAUGGAUUAAAUCACUAAAUUACUCCAUUGUUGACGAUUGGAGGCCAUGGAUUGUUAAUGGUCAAGUUGCAGGAUAUACAAGAAGUUUUUCCAACCAAAUGACAUUUGCGACAUUGAAGGGAGCAGGACAUACUGCGCCAAAUUGGGCUCCAGCGGAAUGUCUUGCCAUGCUAAAGAGAUGGUUAUCAAAUAAACCACUCUAGACAAAAGGGGAUUGCUAAGAUGGUCAGCAUCCCCCACCUAGAACCCAAGAUCGUGGGUUUGAAUCACCAAACAAAUAGGAUCAAAGGGGAAUUAAAAGGGAGGGGAAUAAAAAAAAAAUGAACCACUCUAGCUGAUUUUAGAAUCUAUUUCAUAAUUUUUUUUCUCAUUGUUGUCUUUCUCUAUAAUAAUGGUCUAUGGA